AACCCAACCAAAACCCUCCCUCCCUCUCUCUCUCUCUCCGCCAUCUCCAUCCCCUCUCGCCGCUCCCGCUUCCCCCAUGCCCUCGGCAUCCGCCGCGGUCUCCCCGCCGAAACCCUAGCUCCGAUUCCCUCAACGAUGGCGGGCGUGGCGACGGCGCGCGACGUGGAGGAGGUCAUCCAGAAGCUUCACUCCGACCGGGCCAGAGUCCGCGAUGAGGGGGUGAAGCUGCUGGGGACAUGGCUGCAGGGCGACCGCGCCGCCUCGUUCUGUCGCCUCCUCGGCCGCAACACCGCCAGGGUCAAGCCCGGCCACGGCCACCUCACGGGAGCCGCCACAUGGCCACUCCUCAUCCUGGCGCUCCUCAACUGCGUCAAGGAGGACAUCUCGGGUAAGAAGCCUGGUGCCACCAAAAGCGCCGCUGCCCGGAUGCUCCGUGUCACCAUCCAGUGCGCUGAGGAUGUCAAGCUAUCAGGGCAUUCCUUACUUUUGAUCUCAGUUGCUAGGCAACUUUUCAGUCAUGUAUGGGAGGUCGUAAAAGAUGGCCCCAGCUUUCAGUUAGAGUACAGUAUGAUUCUCAGACAACUUUUAGCUGUUAAGGAGUACCGAUAUCAGAUGAAACCUCGAACAUAUAUCAGUUUUGUAGCGCACUACAUGAAGAAGGUCACUACUGUGCUUGAUGCAAAAUUCAGCAACCAGGCGAGCUCCAAGGAUGAAUCCUUCCGUUGUACAUUAACACUUCAUGUCCUACUCGAAAACCCGCCAGGCGAUUACCCUGAUAUCAUGAGGGAUGAGGUUAUUAACGGAUUUAGUGCAAUCUUCCCACAUAUUAGGGACGAGGAGGGGAAACUGACCCGCAAACUUAUUGAAUGCAUCAACACCUUUUUGCUGAAGGAUGGCCCAAACCUGGGAUACAAAUGUGUGAAGAUUCAUAAUGCAGUUCAAGAGUUUAUAUUUCGUUGUUGGCCGGUGACUCUUGAUCAGGCUUUGAAGAGUUUGUUCAUUACCUACGCAAAAGUUCAGCUGAAGCUUGCCAGGGCUAUUCCAGAGAUUUUGGAGAAACUUGUUGACAUCAUCAUUAAGGAACUGGACAAAAAUGUUAACACCGGACCUGGUUUUCUGUGGUGUGAGGCACCUCGAGAUGAGAAAGCUGUGUCGUUAAGAUGCUUCCAAGAGGAAUGGAUGGAUCUAUCUGCUAGUGUUUUUUAUCUGGUCCACAAAUGCACACUGAAGACACCGAAUAGGGAGAAAAGGUUGAAGACAGAUCACAUUCUGAACCUCAUCAUUGAUGGCCUUUCGAAAGGAUCUCUGUUUUGGAGUGGCUCUGUUUGUUUUCUGAUCCACAAGUAUGGAUAUCGAGUGGACAAAUCUUUGCUAAUUAGUUGGUUUGAAGCAAGCUGCAAAGCUUUGAGAAGUGUCUUGAGCCAUGCAAAUGCCAUACGGUUUCAGGACUCGAUACUCUGGCUUCUCAGGGCGCUCAAGGAGUUCUCCAUGGUGCUCAUGCUCAAACCUAGGGAGGAAGCACAAUUUCAUUUAACAAAAAGCGAGAUGUCAAUUGUUGAAGGUUGCUGGCAAGACAUAUGGAAUUCCCUUAUUCAUGCACUCCCUUUGUUUAGCAGCAUUGUGCUAGUUGCUGAUGCAGCACUGAUUUUGCUGGGUGGAAUGAUUGUGAGGGACCAAGUUCAUGCAUCAUUUCUAUCAGAAGAUACAUGGAACCUGCAAAUAUUUAAACAGUUGCCAUCACCGUCUGCAUUGUAUUUCAUUGCUUGUUACUUCUCAAGGAUAGGCUUUCAGGGUGACUUGUCCAGUUCGAUCUUUAUUCGGAAGAAUCUGCUAAGAUCAACUUUGGAGCUAGUACAUUCAAAGGAAUUCUCUCUCUUGAACGAGCAAAAUGUUGUUCUCAUUCCUGAAGCUAUUUUCUCACUGUGUGCUGCUUUUGUGUCAUCACCAAUUAAUUCAUCAGAUUCGUUACAACUAUUUGGUGAUUGUAAAAUUAAUUCUAAGUCUCUUGAGGACGAGACCUGGGUUCUCAAAGAUGAGCUGCUCUACUCAGUUGAAGCUUUAUCAAAAAUCACUCUGGAUAGUUCUGCCAAGGUUAUUUCUGAUAAAUGCCACCGCAUACACCUUCCUGGGACUAUCCAGCAACCAAUGCUUCUUGAGCUCAUAGACUUCAUCAAAGGAUUUGUGGCCUCAAACGAUCAUUUUGAGAAAUUGGACUUAUCUACUCUUGUAUUUGUCUGUUCUCUUCUCUGCAAUCUUAUUCAUUGUUCAUUGUUGUCAAGGGUCAUGGGAGAUAAAUCUUCACUUCUGCAGGAAGUAUUAAAUUAUAUCACCAAUAUUAUAAAAUAUAUUGUGUCAUUUGUUGUGAAAAAGAACGUUGAACUUUCUCAUGGUGUUACUAACCUAAGUUCACCAUUGGAUACAAUGGGCUCCACUUUAUCCUCAUUCAAGAGCUUUCUGUCUUCUCCGAUAUUUAAUCUGUCUAGAGUUGAUAAUGGAGUUAGUUCUGUGGUUAUCGAGGGUGUUACUGAAUUACUCGAUGAACUCUUGGUUGCAAUUUCUCAGCUGUUUUCUCAACUCUCUAGUUUAGCUAACAAUUUUGAUGGAGAGAGUACCGGUAAAGUGUUGCCAAUAUCUUGUGUAAACUCAGAAGAUCUAAAUCCUAUUGUUGAUUGCAAAAGUAGUGUUGCUGAUAUGGAUCUUGAUGUGAUGGACUCUGGUGAAGUAGAAUCUGUCACUAGUGGGAGUGGAAAUAUGGGUAGCUUCUUACGGCCAUUGGAGUGGAAGCUAGAACUAGUUAGAAUUAUUUCAACUUUUUUCUCGGUGUCAUCGCUUCAUACAUGGGAAAUCUUGUACAGCUUGGUGGAGAAAGAAAGUGAUGUGAAGGUUCGUCAGGUCAUCUUGCUUAAUCUUUGCAGAAAUAUCCCUGGUCCAUCUAAAACUGUAUCUUCCAUGGUCCAUCUUAUAAAUGAUAUGAGGGACAGAUGUGCAAGUUCAUUACUUAACUCUACAGAGUGUUUAGCCUGUGUACAUGCUUUGCUAAGAACAUUGGUAACUCUCCGUGAUGGUGCGCAAAGUACUGAUGGACAGCCUCAAGGAUGCAAAGGGAUUUUCAGUGAGAGCCAGGAUAUCCUAUUAGACUUGGUAAAUAAGGCUACAGAGAUAGGUUCUGCAGAUUGGUUUUCUCGAAUCAAGCUCAUUGAUUGCAUCUCAUCCUUUAUUUGCCUGUUCCCUGAUGUUGCCCAGGAUCUGAUUGGGUGUUUGCUUGACAUGCUGCAUGAUACCGAUUACCGUGUCAGGUUGUAUUUGGCCAGGGAAAUCGUUGUGUUAUUCCAAACGUGGGAAGGGCAUAAUGAAUUAUUCUAUGAUGUUUGCUCAAAUAUUGGUGCCAAGAUGGUAGCAUUCUCAGUUGACUCUCCAAUUACAGCUAGAGAAGUCUUAGCUGUUGGACCACAAUCUGUUCCUGUAAUUGAAACUGCCCUCAUUACUCUUGCUCAUUUGUCUGUGUAUAGUGAGGAUGUUGAAGUUGAGAGCGUGUUCAUGAUUUCUGCUGCUGCUGCUAUAGAGCCUUCUCAGAGAGAAUUAGCUUAUGCUUUAUUUGAUUCCAUCUCAAGAAAGCUUGGAUAUGCUUCACGGAGCAAGUAUGUGGACCAAGUGAUGGGUCCAAUUCUUUUUAGGUGGGUUGCUUGCGAGAUGAGUCUAGUUUCACUUGUUGAGGUGCAAGAAAUGUUUGGUUAUAGUUCGUCUGAGCCAAAGAAUUUCGUUGAACAUUGUAGCUCAUGGCUUCUGCCUUUCCUUAUUCUAAGGGGUGAUGCUGCUGACCUAAAUUGGAUAUCGAAGAUUUUAUCGCAACCUUUGUCUGUCAUUAUCAAGAGAUACUUUGUUCCAAUCUUCGGAUUGUCCAUUGCCGCCAGAUGUGGCACAGGGCCAGAGAAGGACUUAGCAGAAACUGCCUUAUGUGAAUCACUUUUGCAGCUUGGGGAAAUUUCUGAGCUUGAGCGUGAUGAUCUCAUUAAAAAACAUAUGGUUUCAAUUGUUGCCUUUUUGCUCUCAGUCUCAUCAUCUGCUCAUGGGCCACAAGUCCCAUAUUUCUCCAAGGAGAUUGUUGCCCUGUCAGUGAAAACAGUUGUUGAUGGAUUUGUGGAUACCAUGGAUGAUGAUUUGGCUAACACAGUUGUUAUUGAUAAAAUUAAUAUAUUCCGUGCCGACAGAGUAUUUAAGUUCCUACUGGCAAUACAUCAGCAUGUUGCAGAUGCUUGCCAUCCCAGGCACAUGUGUCAUCGGCUUUGUGCAAUUGAAGUUUUGAUAGAUGUACUUGGACACAGAGUGGUUCUUGAGAGCACUUGCUUCUAUAUUAUUUGUAUAGUGGGGAACUACAUCCAGCGAAAACCAUUGCAAGGCCAAUGCUGUAAUAUCUUGUCUAAAUUGUUGGCUUCUUUUGAUGGAAAUUCCUCUGCUGAAACUGUGGAAGUUCUUGGGAGGCAGCUUCAGGUUGUAGUUCCGAAGUUGAUCGCUGCUUGCCUAACUAAUGAAAAAGAAGAAAGAAGUGGUACUGCAGAUUCAUCAGGGCUUCUUUCUUUACUUCAGCACUUGACAGUGGAUGCUGAUCCUCUGCUUUAUGAUUACAUAAGAGAGUUAGAACCACUUCCUGAUCUUGAUUGCUUGAAAGAUAUACGAGAGUUUCACACUUCACUUUCUGCUUCCUAUGCUUCAAAAGAUCAAUUCUUGAAGGGCUCCUUAUUUGCCACAGGAACUGUUCUUGUUGAGGUGAUAUUUACUUAUUCGUCUCUGCAUAUAGUGCUUCUUAAAAUGCGCUUCUCUGUCAACUCCUUAUUAUGUUUUUUCUUUGCCAUUUUUCUAAUAUCACUUCUUUCACGUUGUUCUUGUACUCUCAGUCUUCGUAUGUAUCACAAGAAGUUAUUGUUGGGAGAUAUCAUCAGUAGAGCUGAUCCUUCUGCUGCUGAUAUAGACAUAGUUAGCUGCUGGUGCAGCGACCCAGAUAUCGUUUCUGCUGUAUGGACUCUUGUUGACCUUUGUAGCUCAUCUCCUGUAGCAAAUGAAGCUUCUCCGGUGGUUGCUGAUUUUAUCUCUAGGGCUGGCGUGUCUGAUGCACAUCAAGUAAUAUUCCAUCUGCCAACCCUUACUCAAAAGCAUCCUGUACAAUUACAUAGUGGUUCUACUUCCAAGGAUGAUAAAUUGUCCUUAGACUAUGGUAUUUCUGAUGGUAUUUUGGUUGGCCUUCUGAAACUCUUGAAGACUUAUUUAUCUGAUGAAUCUGUAGAAAUAAUAGAUGCUGCUUCACAAACAUUGAGGGGAAUUCUGUCAACAGCAAAGGGGCUCAAUGCUCUGCAGAGCCUUGAUUCUCUUGAUAGGUCUUUACUGAUGGUUCAUUCUAGAGGUGUAAACUUCCAGAUAGUUGAACAGACUAUAUUGGGCAUGGAUAAGUAUUGCGGUGUUUCACUUGAAGAUUCAGACAUGUGGCAAACUGAUGGUCGAACUUACAAGCAAUGGUUGUGCACCCUAGUGAGCUCACUCAUUUGCCACUGCGAUGACAUCAUCUUGAGACUUUGCAGGAGUCUUGUUUUUCUCAAAGUUAAGGCUGCUGAGCUUUUGUUUGCAAGCACUCUUGUGAACAUCGCUGGCAAUGUUGAUUCCAAUGCUGCCAUCUGCAGACUAAUUUCAACCAAGGUUGAGGAAAUAAUUUUUUCUGACUCCAAUGAUUCGCUGAAGUCAAUCCAUCUGUUUUUGGAUGCACUGAAUGUCAUUAGAUCCUUUUAUGUUGCUGAAAAAUCCAGAACUUGCCCUUCUAGUACUCUCAAGGAUGGUAGAUCCGUUAGAUCAAAAAGUCGAUCGCCAGCAACAACUCCGUCAUCGUCAUGGAAAAAGGUGUACUGGCUUUCAGUUGAUUAUCUUGUUGCUGCCAGAGCUGCUAGUAGAUGCUCAUGUGACUUCACUGCACUGAUGUAUGUUGAACUUUGGUGUGAGGAACAAUUCAACAGGCUGGCAAUAGGACCUCCAGAUUUUUCACAUGAAGAGUCGCUGCCACCACAUGUUGGUUUGUUGAUUGCUGCAUUUACUCGCAUAAAUGAACCCGACAGCAUUUAUGGGAUCACACUAGCCAAUGAGAUAACAUCUCAGAUCAUAAGAUAUGAGCACGAAGGUGAAUGGAGUAGUGCUCUUGAAUAUUAUGAUUUACUCGUAAGGUCAUCGCCAAUGGAGCAUCCUGGCAAUUUAACGGGUUCGCUGAUGACUGGACCAUCUGCUUUUAGAGCUGAAGAUAAGAUGCUGAACUGGAAAAUGCACAAAGGUCUGAUGAGAUCCUUGCAGAAAACUGGAUGUAGUCAUGUGCUUGAUGUCUACUGUGAAGGUUUAACACACCAAAAAGGGUCUCUUCAACAAGAUGCAGAAUUUAUUGAUAUACAAUAUGAAGCUGCUUGGAGGGCAGGAAACUGGGAUUUCUCUUUUUUCAUUCCAUAUUCAUCUCGUUCUUCAACUCGCACCCAAAGUUAUUGUCUCUUCAAUGAAAAUUUACACAGUUGCUUAAGAUCUCUGGAGAAAGGUGAUUCUGAGGAGUUCCAUGAGAAACUAUCUCGAGCUAAGAUGGAUCUUGUGUUGGCUUUGUCAAAUACUAGCAAGGAAAGCACAAAGUACAUACAUUCUACCAUCCUUAAGUUACAGAUGCUUGAUCAUGUUACCAUGGUUUGGGACCUACGUUGGAACCUUUGUAAUCGAAUGUCAGAAUCAUUUCCAAAAACCAAGAAAAUUUCUCCUGUUUCUACUGUCCCUACAGGGAUGCAGCUGGAGUUGCUGGACAAAGAGUGGAACUUCAUUGUGUUCCAAACAGAACAUAACCUUGAUCUUUUCGAACCUUUCUUAGCAUUCAGGCGUGCCCUCCUUAAGGUUUUAGGUUGCGAAGAACAUCUUGUAACACAUUUAUUUCAAUCUGCUUCUGCACUCCGGAAGGGAUUAAGGUUUUCUUUGGCAGCGGCUGCUUUAUAUGAACUGAAAGAACAUUGUUUUCACCAAGAUGGGGGCACCAUGCCAAAUACUUUUUUCCUUUCUAGGCUUGAAGAGGCUAAACUGCUGAGAGCUCAAGGGCAGCAUGAUAUGGCUAUUAGUCUUGGGAAAUACAUACUGCAGAAGCAUUCUGACAAGAAAGACAUAUCAGAUGUCUAUCGACUAGUUGGCAAGUGGUUGGCUGAAACAAGAUCGAGCAACUCGAGAACUAUCAUUGAGGACUAUUUAAGACCUUCUGUGGAUCUUACUGAAUUUAAGACGAGCACGGACAAAAGAUACAUGUCCAGGCAGUGUCGAACACAUUUCCAUAUGGCACAUUAUACAUAUAGUUUAUUCAAAAGCUAUGAAGAAAGACUUUCAUCUAAUGAGUGGCAAGCAGCUCUGCGACUAAGGAAAUACAAGACUAGGGAGUUGGAGACACUGAUUAAAAGACUGAAAAGUUCAUCUAAGGGUGUAAAGACUGAUUACUCAGUAAAAAUCCAAGAGUUGCAGAAACAACUUGCACUAGACAGAGAAGAAGCAGAGAAGAUUCAGGAUGACCGGGACAAUUUCUUAAAUCUAGCACUUCAAGGGUACCAACGUUCCCUUGUUGUUGGUGGCAAAUACGACCUACAAGUGGUUUUCCGGCUGGUCUCGCUGUGGUUUAGUCUUUCUUCAAGGGAUCAAGUUGUGAAAGCAAUGAUGAAAACGACAAAAGAGGUCCAAUCCUACAAAUUCAUACCAUUAGUUUACCAAAUUGCUUCGAGACUUGGAAGCUCCAAUUCUCAAGGGUCAACAAACUUCCAGAUUGCAUUAGCUUCUCUUCUGAAGAAAAUGGCUAUUGAUCACCCAUAUCAUACAAUAUUUCAGCUUUUGGCUCUGGCAAAUGGUGAUCGUGUUAAAGACAAGCAAAGGAGUAGAAGUUCUUUCAUUGUAGAUAUGGAGAAGAAGCUUGCUGCUGAAAAUCUGUUAAAGGAGCUAUCUUCCUGUCAUGGAGCUUUGAUUUUUCAGAUGAAACAAAUGGUAGAGGUCUACAUUAAGUUGGCUGAACUGGAGACCAAGAAGGAAGACACUAACAAAAGAAUUUCGCUGCCUAGGGAGGCCCGAAGCAUUUGUCAGCUUGAACUUGUUCCCGUUGUGACUGCUACAGUUCCAGUCGACCCUUGUUGUCGGUAUGAAGUAGGUUCCUUUCCACAUUUCAGCGGGUUGGCCGACUCUAUUAUGAUAAUGAAUGGAAUUAAUGCUCCCAAAGUUAUAGAAUGUUUUGGCUCAGACGGUAACAAAUACCGCCAACUUGCAAAAUCUGGAAAUGACGACCUGCGACAGGAUGCUGUCAUGGAGCAAUUUUUCAGUUUGGUAAAUACUUUCUUGCAAAAUCACAGAGAUACUUCUCAAAGGAGAUUGAGAAUCCGUACAUAUAAGGUUGUUCCUUUUACCCCAAGUGCUGGUGUUGUUGAAUGGGUAAAUGGCACGGUUCCACUCGGUGACUAUCUGUUGGGGAGUACUAGAAUCAGUGGAGCACAUGGACGAUAUGGAACUGGGGAUUGGACAUAUCUUCAAUGCAGAGAGUACUUGAUGAGUGAGAAGGACAAAAGGAGGGCAUUUCUUAAAAUCUGCAACAACUUUAGGCCUGUAAUGCACCACUUCUUUCUCGAGAGAUUCUUGCUGCCUGCUGAUUGGUUCCAAAGUAGACUUGCUUACACGAGAAGUGUGGCAGCAAGCUCAAUGGUAGGAUACAUCGUGGGACUUGGGGAUCGCCAUUCCAUGAAUAUUCUAAUUGACCAAGACACAGCCGAGGUUGUACACAUUGAUCUUGGUGUUGCAUUUGAACAGGGUCUCAUGCUUAAAACACCUGAACGGGUUCCAUUUCGACUGACAAGGGACAUUAUAGAUGGCAUGGGCAUUACUGGUGUUGAAGGUGUGUUUAGAAGAUGCUGUGAGAAAACUCUCUCGGUCAUGAGGGCAAAUAAGGAAGCGUUGCUCACUAUUAUUGAAGUUUUUAUUCAUGAUCCUCUAUAUAAAUGGGCACUCUCACCACUGAAAGCUUUACAGCGUCAAAAGGAAACAGAUGAUACUGACUCAUGUUUGGAUGACUCUCAAGAGGCUUACGAGGGCAACAAGGAUGCAGCUCGUGCUAUACUCCGUGUUAAACAGAAGCUGGAUGGGUACGAAGAUGGUGAGAUGAGAAGCGUGCAGGGCCAGGUCCAACAACUCAUACAGGAUGCAGUAGAUGUCGAUCGGUUGUGCCAAAUGUUUCCUGGUUGGGGACCUUGGUUGUAAGCUCCAUGAAAAUGGAUGUAAAUUUUGAUCAAAGGCAAGAGCAAUUUUAUGACUUGGACUGUUUUUCCGCUUAACCCCUUGGACCCUCCUUCGCAACUUCCUAUGGGGGACGACUUUGCUGCCUUCGGUGCCUGAGCAUUGUUGGGAAGGGAAGCAUGGCAUCUGGAUGGUCGAUGGGUACACCACUGCCGAUAGCCGUUUGAACUUUGAAGGCCUGUGCUGACGAGGACACGACAUCUGGUGGUGAUCCAAGUCAGUUGGACAAGCAUGCUUAGCAAAUAGACCACGGUCUCGAUUUUUUUCUAAACUUAAUUAGUUUAAGAUCUCUAGUUUGAAAGCCAUAGGGAUAGGCGCUGCAUCACUUGUACAUACUACCAUAUUGCAGCUUAUGCUUGUAACUGUUGGUACUAUCAUGGUAUAGAAGUACUUCAGUAGGUCAGUACCAUUAUGGCAUUAUAGAGAGUUAUGGGCCAUAAUUAUUUAACAUGGUCUUUUUUCAAAUAUAUUCAAAGUGGUCUUGAAUAUGCACUGCUUGUCUGGAAA